UGCGCGUUUAUUCAGUUAAAGGUUGGAAGUAACAAACGACAUUCUUUUCGAUCUCGCGAAAAGUUACUUUUCCUUGUCGAUAAAAAGAAAAAAGGAAAUAAGGUAUAGGAUUGAUCAAUUUAAAGAAAAAAAAAAAGGAGAGAGAGAGAGAGAGAGAGAGAGAGAGAGAGAGAGAGAGAGAGAGAUAAACAAAAUCUCAAUAUGGUGGUCAAUUUUAAAGUGUUCAAGAAGAGUUCACCGAACGGAAAGAUCUCUUUGUACGUUGGCAAACGAGAUUUUAUCGAUUAUUUAUCGGGCAUAGAACCGAUCGAUGGUGUUAUAUUAUUGGAUCAGAAUUACAUUGAAACAGGUCGAAAGAUAUGGGGCCAAUUGAUUUGCAGUUUUCGUUAUGGCAGAGAGGAGGACGAGGUUAUGGGAUUGAACUUUCAAAAGGAUCUUUAUCUUAUAUCCGAACAAUUAUAUCCACGUAGUUACAACAAGACGGAUGUUAAUAAUACAAGAUUACAAGAGAGAUUGUUGCAAAAAUUGGGCCCUAACGCUAUACCGUUCACCUUUAAUUUUCCACAGAGCGCGCCUUCGAGCGUGACCCUUCAACCAAGCCAAGACGAGACGGGAGAGCCGUGCGGUGUUAGUUACUUCGUUAAAAUUUAUUCCGGCGAAACGGAGACCGAUAUUACGCAUAAGAGAAGUACGGUAUCCCUUGGUAUAAGAAAAAUACAAUAUGCGCCAACUAAACAGGGCCGACAACCGUGUACGAUCGUAAGGAAGGAUUUUCUAUUGAGUCCCGGUGAACUCGAGCUUGAGGUAACCCUUGACAAACAAUUGUAUCAUCAUGGCGAAUCGAUAGCCGUUAACGUUAGCGUUAGAAAUAAUAGCAACAAGAUCGUUAAGAAGAUAAAAGCUUUGGUUCAACAAGGCAUUGACGUUGUCAUCUUUCAAAAUGGCCAAUUUCGUACUGUCAUCGAUGCGAUCGAGACCCAAGAUGGUUGUCCCAUAACACCAGGCUCAAAUCUACAAAAGAUAAUAUAUUUGAAGCCUAACUUGGAAAAUAAUAGGAAUAGACGUGGUAUCGCAUUAGAUGGUAGAUUGAAACGCGAGGAAGCCGAAUUAGCGUCGAGCACAUUGUUGACCUCGCCCGACGUACGCGACUCCUUUGGCAUCGUUGUCUCUUAUGCCGUCAAGGUCAAAUUAUAUCUCGGCGCAUUGGGUGGCGAACUGUCAGCCGAGUUACCUUUCAUAUUCAUGCGACCUAAACCAACCGAGAGGCUCAAAUUGGCUAACAACGAAACCUGCGUACACAUCGAAAAUCUACCGGAAGAAAAGAUCAAUGAAAAUUAGAUUAGUUUUGUAUAUAUAAAUAUACAUACAUAUAUAUUAUAUAUUUAUAUAUAUAUAUAUAUAUAUAUAUAUAUAUAUAUAUACACAUACACAUAUCUAUUAUAUUUGUCUUUACGUCUUUGCUUCCGUUCGUUUAUCUAUCGUUCUUUUUAAAAAUCUACGAAAGGUAAUCUCUAUUAUACUUAUCAUCGUGACACUCGGAAGCGAGGAAAAAAAAAAAAAAAAAAAAAAGAAAAAAAGAAAAACAAAAUAGGAAGGUGUCACGAUAUAUAUUUUUUAUUUUUCUCUUUUCUUUUUCUUUUUUUUUUCUCUCUUCAAUUCGAGCGAAAAGUCGAAGGAAUGUGAAGAUAAAAAGAAAGAAGAAGAAGAAAAAAGAAAAGGGAAAAAAUGGAAGAAAAAAGACGAAAGAAGAAAAAAUUAAAUAGAACGAUAUGGUUUAUCGAAACCGGAAGCACAAAGUGUCGUUUUCCAAACAUUUAGAAUAUCUCGGAAUAUAAUCUCAGUUUGUCUUUUCACCGACUAAUACGUAUCGCUAUAUUAACGCUAACGUUUGUUAUUAUUAUAAUAAAUAAUUAUUAUCUCGUUAAAGACUAACUCUAGUUCGAUGAAAUAAACAUGAUAAUCCUAUAUAUACAUACAUAUAUACAUAUAUAUAUAUAUAUAUAUAUAUAUAUAUAAAAUAUAUGUAUACGUAUACACACACCAAGCUACGUACAUACAUAUGUACGUACAUAUAUUAUAAUCGCAUAUAACAUGUAUAUUACUAUCUUCGCCGUAGAGUGAUGGGAAAGAAGGAAAAAGAGAGAAGACGAAAAAAAAAAACCCACAAAAAAAAAAAAGAGAGAAGAAAAGAAAAACAAAUCUAAAAACAAAAAUUCUAUUCAUUCUUUCACCCUCUUUGUCCUGUCGAACGUUACAAGGGAUUUUAUGACGAA